AUGAGCUAUCUGAGGACAAAUCUGGUGCUGAAGGCGUUUACAAAGAGCUCGGUUUUCCCUUCAGUGGCACGGCCCAUAAUCAAGAGAUCAAUCUCAAAUACUAGCCAUCUUUGUUUAAACAAUAGCAUCACAAGCAGGAGAAAUGCAGAGUACACUUCUCUAUUAUUGGAGAAGAACUUGGUCCAUAGAAAUCAUUUGAAUCCAACAGAGGCAACAGUGUUGAGAUGUACUGUGUUUGAUGGGGAUGGUAAUUUAGAAGCUGUAUCAGCAGAUUUGAAAAGAUCAGAUCUAAUAUCAAAACAUGGUUUAUUCCCUAGAGAUUUGAGAAAGAUUGAGAAAAUCGGUUAUAAUACAGAGAUUGCACCAUCUAUCUCUGUUCGUAAAGAUUCAGUUGUCAUCACAUUACUUCAUAUACGUGCUUUGAUUAAGGCAGAUACUGUAAUCAUAUUUGAUGAUUUAGGUUCAAGAAAUUCUCAUGCUCAAUCACAAUUCAUUAUGGAUUUGGAAUCAAAGUUGAAGGCUAAAAAUGUUGAUUUGCCCUAUGAAAUAAGAGCUUUAGAGGCUGUAUUAGUUUCAGCAAUGACAAAUCUUGAUGCAGAAAUGAAGGUACAAACCACUGUUACACAAGGAAUCUUACACGAAUUGGAAGAUGACAUCACAAGGGAAAAACUACGAUAUUUAUUGAUUCAAAACAAGAAAAUUUCAACAUUUUCACAAAAGGCAACAUUAGUUAGAGAUGUUAUUGAUGAAAUUUUGGAUAAUGAUGAUGAUUUAGCUGGAAUUUAUUUAACUGAAAAGAUGAACGGGACACCAAGAGAUGUUGAUGAUCAUGCAGAAGUGGAAAUGUUGCUAGAAUCAUAUUAUAAACAUUGUGAUGAAAUUGUUCAAACAAUAAAUAAUACAAUUUCAAAUGUUAGAACCACUGAAGAGAUUAUUAACAUCAUUUUAGAUUCCAAUAGAAAUCAACUCAUGUUGUUAAGUUUGAGAUUUUCCAUUGGAUUAUUGAGUAUGGGUGCUGGCUUAUUUAUUGCAGCUGCCUAUGGUAUGAACUUGGAAAAUUUUAUAGAGGAACAAGAUUAUGGAUUAGGAGCUGUUAUCGCGGUGUCGAUGAUCUCCAUUGUGGUUUUAUUUGUAUAUAGUUUGAAGCAUUUGAACAAGCUUCAAAAAAUCACAAUCGGAGACCACUACAGGCAGAAGAUGAAGGACCAGGUCUUUUGA